CUAAAAAUUGCACAAAAUGGAUCAAUAUGCCACCUAUCUCAUCAAUAACCAUGAGUCUGACAUAAAAAUUAUAAUGGCAAAAGAAGUUAAAGAAAAGGACUAUGAUUUAUUCAUUGACCUCACUCUUUUAAUUUAUGAAUUCCCUGAAGUUGGUCAAGUAUUUUAUACAAGUUCAUUAAAGCUGAUUAGCAGCUUAGAGGAGACUGUGAUGAAUAUACAAAAGAAAUUUCAAGAAGAUUUGACUUCAGACUCAUUGUUCAGACUAACUAUCAAGGAGAAAGUAUCUGUGAGGUUUAUCAAUGUUCCAGAGCUUGGCCCCAUCAGACUUCCUGAUGUAAAAUCUAUUAAUCAUGAAAGUUUGAACAAAUUUAUUGUUCUGAGUGGAACUAUUAUCAGAGUGAGUAAACCUAAAAAUAGAGAACUCGAAAGUAAUGUCAAUUGCGAUCGAUGAGGAGCUGAAUAUAUUGCAAAGAGCGAAAUUGAGGAAAAUAAUCGACUUUGCUUCCCACCUAAAUGCACUAAUAAAGUUGCAAAAACUUAAAA